AAAAGCCAUUGGGAAAUUGGACUUCAUUGGCAAGAGGGCACAGCACUAGGUGAAACAGAGCAACCACCGCCCGAGGCUCACACGCGGCAAUGGCUCUCCAUAGCCCCGCGAGCAGGAGGCAAGAGCAAGGCUGAGCUUCCCAGCGAGGAGCAAGCAGAAACCUCGGGAGCGUUUCUGCGGUCAGCUCGGAGCCGUGCUUGGAAAGGAGGAAGAGUGGGAGAGGAGGAAGGGGUGCCCUGCACAGAGCUGCACCCAGCUCCGCUCAGGACCUUCUCCCACGCAGCAGCCCAAGGAGUGCUGCGCCAUCCCGGCAGAGCAGCGGGAGAGAAAACACCUCAGAUGAAGGCACACGAACCCGAUUUUGGGGCAAGCGUGCGGACGCCUGGCCGGGACUCAGCUCAGCAGGGCUGGGAACCGAGCAAGCGAGUCCCACAAAAGCAGGUCGCUGUGCACAUGUAAACAAGACUGGUGCGGUGAAGCCGGGACACUCUACUUCCUCCUGACAGCACAGUUGCACUUAGCUGCGUGUCUGCCUGAAAAGGAAUGACCCACUCGCCUUACACCACGACAGAUGUUUCCAGCAGCCCAGUCAUGACGCAGAGCAACCAGACCUGCUCCAGUCACAAUAUAACGUUCAAAAACACCCUGUACGCAACCACGUACACCCUCAUAUUCAUCCCCGGCCUCCUGGCCAACAGCGCUGCCCUGUGGGUCUUGUGCCUCUUCAUCAGCAAGAAGAGCAAAGCCGUCAUCUUCAUGAUCAACCUGGCCAUGGCCGACCUGGCUCACGUCCUCUCGCUGCCACUGCGAAUAUACUAUUAUAUCAACUCUACAUGGCCUUUUGGGAGAUUCCUUUGCUUACUGUGUUUCUACCUGAAGUACCUCAACAUGUACGCCAGCAUUUGUUUCCUCACCUGCAUCAGCAUUCAGAGGUAUUUCUUCCUGUAUCAGCCGUUCAAAGCCAAGGACUGGAAGCGGCGGUACGACGUAGCCAUCAGCGCUGCGGUGUGGUUUGUCGUUGGCGUGGCGUGUCUGCCAUUCCCCAUCAUGCGCAGCUACGGCCUGGACAAUAACACCAGUACCUGCUUUGCAGACCUUCAAGUCCGGCAGAUCAGCAGCAAAGCGGCCACCGUGCUGAUGACAGGCACGGCGGAGCUCUUCGGGUUCAUCGGCCCGCUCAUCAUUAUUUUAUUCUGUACUUGGAAAACAAAAGAUUCUCUUCGGGACUUCCACAUACCGCUGCAAAACAGCAGUGAGAGGCGGAAAGCUUUAAGGAUGGUUUCCAUGUGUGCCAUCGUGUUCUGCGUGUGUUUUGCACCAUACCACAUCAACUUCUUUUUCUACAUGUUGGUGAAAGAAAAUGUCAUUACAGACUGCUUCCUGAGUACCAUCACGCUCUACGCCCAACCCUUUUGCUUAAGUCUUGCGAGUCUGGACUGCUGUUUGGAUCCGAUCCUGUAUUUCUUUAUGACUUCAGAGUUUCAGGACCAGAUAUCAAGGCACAGCAGCAUGGUCAUCAGGAGUCGGCUCAUGAGCAAAGAGAGUGCCUCAUCAAUUAAGGAAUGACAAAAAAGCCAGCUGAAAAGAAUUAGGAUAUUUCAUAUGAAAUCUGGGACUGUUCUGUGAUACUCGACUACCAACUCUGUUGUGGAAGAUCCUGCAAGUUUAUUCAGGGGAGUUUUGUAGCAGUGGAAGUCUUUUGAUAUAUAGAAGAUAAAAGUCUGUUUAAGACUGCUGUGUUGGAGGCUGAUGAGCAGCUCAGCUGGCAUGACUACACCUACUGCUGUGCCACCCGCGCCUGACCUCGCUCGAUUAGAAAAUAUAGAAGAGAGAGCAACAAAGCUUAUGCUAGGAAACGGUGGAAACAUCCCAGGAGUUUUUCUUCUAUUUUCCCAACUCCAUGGCUCUAUGAUCAAGCCAAAGACAAUCCUACAUCCAUACACUGACAUCCGCUGAAGUGUCUUCUCUGCUAAAAACACACGACACGCACGAGAACCUGGAAAUGGCCAGUAACAAUAAGUGGCAGCUUUGGUCUCCGCACUCAGGGCUGCAGACGUGUGAAGAUUGGCAGCUUGCUUCAGCACGGCAGCCCCGGCUUUGCAUGCAUCCCACUGGUCACCACACUCACCUCUGCUUCGCCUUCCCCACAUUCCUCCUCACCCAGCUCUAAGUUUGCUCCGUAAUUGCUGACGCAUCCCAUAACUCACACCUACAGCCGGCCUAAGACUCUCUGCAAGACAAAUUCUCCCAAUGGCUCCUCAAACACUCCAGAGAGUGGGACCUGGAAAGUCCGAGUGACUUUCUCCCGCUCUGAGCUGCCCCUGGGGGCGAGGUGGGCAUCAGCACGUGGCCUUCGCCGUGGGACCCCGAGGGGCAGGACCACCGGCCGCACGCCGCGGGCUGGGCACAGCCGGACUCAGCAUCGGUGCGGGUGGAUUUGAUGAUGCUGGUGGUACCGUUCAGGUCCUUGCUCUCUUCUGCGUGUGGCUUCUUGUGCCCAGAGGUACCUGCGGUGGAUCCGCCCCGUGAAAUCUCUGCGCAAUGGGUUCAGUUGGCACAACUUUUUAAAGAGAGUGUCCCUGCCACGGUGAUUUCAGUAAUAGAGCAUAGGCUAAUUUCUUAAGCAAAUUAUUCAUUGUGAUUUUUUCCACCAGCUCCUCUCGUAAUCUUAAUGUUUACAGUUGUAUAACUUCAGCGGCUAUGAAAGGCAGUGACAAGGAAGGAUGCCAUUUACCCCUCACUUUAAAUUAGUGACAGCUCUUUGGCCAAGUUCACCCACUUCGUGUAACUUCAAGGGUGUCCUCGCGAUACCUGGGGAUUGUUUUGGCUGAACACGGGCACUGAUUUAUUGCUUUUGAAAACCUGUGUUUUUCCAAAAGGCAUGUGUACAAUUCUCAGUAAGCACCAGUGCCAGCAUCUUACAUCUUGCUACAAAAAUAGAAGAAAUACCAGAAACACUUUGCUAAGGAUAUUUUAAAUUUAAGUACUCAAUUCCACUUAAUUACAUCUUAACUCAGCCAAAAAUUUUUCUGCAUAUUAUGUUUUCCCACUUGACUGUUUUACAAUAAAAUGGGAAAAAACAAACAGUAGUCAGAUUUAAAUAACCAUUACACUGGAGCUCCUCUAAAAGGCAGUGAAAACAUACUGAUUAAAUACAAUAAGCUCUUGUAGUGCUCCUCCCAUUUGUGAGAAGAUGAUUAUGGGCUACAGUACGAUGACCUUAAUCUUACGUGUAGAUAAGUGAAAAUACCAAAAUAUGCCUAUCUGAAGGAAGUAACUUUCACAGAGAGUAUUAUUGCAGGCUUCGAUAGUUUUCUGGAAAGAAAGCUGCAGAGUAGGCAAAUGCUCCAUCGCCCACUGAAGUCAGUGGAAAUGUUUUCUCUGAUUUAACUGGCAGUUCAUUAUGCCAACAAUAUACGGACAUGUUUACACGCUGCAAGUAGUCCCUUUAAAAAUGUGAGGAAAGGUUGAUGCUCAGGCACAUGGUUAAGCAUGCAUAAUGAUUUUUUUUUUUUUCCAAUUUAAUAGUUUUCUCAUAAGCUAGACACGGUAUAAUAUUGUCAGUGAAGGAGACUUUGGUUUCGAUGGUUGUUUUGAGGAUUUUUAUGAACUUUGAUCAGCUAGAAUGUGACUGGGAGCUGUUUGCUGUGAUUUAUUUUUCAUGCAAUUCUCCAUUUAUCAGGUGCAAACACGUUGAAGGCACUGUUACGGUAACUAUGUAGCUUGUCUUACAUUUUUCUUUCCAAAACCUGAUGCUUAAAAAAUAAAUGCAUUUUUGCAAACAUAA